AUGAAUGGACAUAAAGGUGAAGCUACCUUUACCUAUGUUGGAUGUACAAAGGAUGCUAGAAAAGAGUUGUGGAAUAGGUGCCAACAGGUGAACUCCCCAUGGUUGGUGGGGGGUGAUUUCAAUUGUAUCAUUUCUACCACUGAAAAAUCUGGAGGUAGAACUCCAAACCUUGCCAAGAUGAAUACCUUCAGAGAUAAUAUCCACAGGGCUGGUCUCUUUGAUCUGGGUUUCAAGGGACCUAAUUUCACUUGGAAAAGGGGAUCUAUUUGGGAGAGGCUUGAUAGAAUGUUGGUUAAUGAUGCAUGGUUCAAUUACUUCCUCCUUUCCUUUGUUACUCACCUUAGCCUUGCUGGCUUAGAUCAUAGGCCUAUUCUUAUGAGCAUCACCUCAACUGAUAACUAUAGCUCCCCCUCCCCUUUAGAUAUCUCAACAUGUGGGCUGCACAUCCUUCAUAUAAUUGCUAAAGCCCUAAGAGGUUGGAGCUGGAACACUUUUGGAAAUGUUCAUGCCACAGUCCAGAAGGUUGAAGGUGAAGUUAAAGCUUUGGAGAAUGGGGGAUUGCUUGGUAUUGAGGAGGAGAAAAAGCUGCUAAUUGCUCAUAACAACGUCCUCAGUGCCAUUGAUUACAAGGAAAAAUUUCUUAAACAGAAGGAAGCCAUGAAUAUUUUCACUAAUGGGGAUAGAAACACCAGAUUCUUUAAUGCCUAUAUCAAAUAUAAAAGAAAAUGCAAUACCAUCCAUGCUAUACAAAAUGUCAAUGGCCAGUGGUUACAUAACAACAAUGAUAUAGCAAAUGAUGCUAUAUGUUUUUACAAAGAAUUACUCAACCAGGAACAUAACCUCAGACCCCACAUUGAGAAGGCACACUUCAUGGAAGAACUGAACUACACUGUUGUUCUCAAGCUUACUGACAUCCCCACUGAAAAGGAAAUAUGGAAUGCAAUUAGUUCCAUAGAUAGCACUAAAUCUGCUGGCCCUAAUGGAUUUACUGCUGAAUUCUACAAGAAGUCUUGGAAAAUUUUUAAGACUGAUGUUAUUGUUGUUGUUACAAGCUUCUUCCAAGGUAACAAUCUUCCAAAUUACUUUUGCUCCUCCACCACUGUAUUGAUCCCUAAAUCUGAAAUACAGAAAAAUUGGUAA